UCGGUUCGACUCACAGUAAGACACGCGCUCUUACCUCAUACUCACUAGUUAUUUUCUAUGUAUAGUUAAAAUGUAUCAUUUAAAAUAUUAGUCUUUAAAGCGGUUAUAAUUCAGGGGUACUGUGUGUUCGGUCAGUGCGGUGUUUCUGUAGUUAUUUGUUCAGAGUGGGUGGGAAUCAUUCAUUCACUAUUACUCGUUCAACACGCUUGUAAUCGCUGCUUCAGCUGAAGAAUGGCGAGCUUGGCGUCCACCCCGGCCGGGCAGCAGCCCGUGUCCCGCGGCGGUGUGAGUACUCCUCUGAGCCCGGCGCGGAUCUCCCGGCUGCAGGAGAAAGUGGAGCUGCAGCAGCUGAACGACCGUCUUGCCGUGUACAUCGAUAAAGUGCGCAGUCUGGAGUCGGAGAACAGCGUGCUGCAGCUGCAAAUCAGCGAGCGCGAAGAGGUGCGGAGCCGCGAGCUCACCGGACUCAAAGCGCUCUACGAGACAGAGCUGGCGGACGCGCGCAGGUCAUUGGAUGACACGGCGCGGGAGCGCGCGCGGCUGCAGAUCGAGCUGGGCAAGAUUAAAAGCGAGCACGAGCAGCUGCUGCACAAUUAUUCUAAGAAAGAUGCAGAUCUGUCCGGCUCUCAUGCUAGACUGAAGGAACUAGAAGCUCUGCUGAACUCUAAAGAAGCUGCGCUGAACACUGCUGUAUCAGAGAGGAAAUCACUGGAGAUCACACUCGCUGAUCUGCAGAUACAAGUGCAAGAGCUGGAGGCGAGUUUGAGUUCUGCUAAGAAGCAGCUGUCAGAAGAAACACUUCUCCGAGUGGAUCUGGAGAACCGUUGUCAAAGCCUCAUGGAGGAUCUGGACUUCAGGAAGAGCAUGUAUGAGGAGGAGAUCAAAGACACUCGGCACAGACAUGAGACUCGUCUGGUGGAGGUGGACACUGGUCGACAGAUGGAGUACGAGUUUAAACUGGCUCAAGCGCUUACUGACAUGAGACAACAACACGACCAGCAGGUCAGACUGUACAAGGAUGAGAUGGAGCAGACAUAUGUUGCCAAGUUGGAGAAUGUGCGUCUGUCGUCAGAGAUGAACAGUUCUUCUGCGAGUAUGGCCCGUGAGGAGCUCCGCGAGUCCUCGCUCAGAGUGGAGAAUCUCGCCGCACAACUGGCAAACCUGCAGAAAGAGGCUCAUAGCUGGCAGGAUCGCAUAAGUGAACUGGAAGCGGCUCUCACUCAUGAGAAAGAUUUGAGCCGCAGGUUACUGGCUGAGAAAGAGCGAGAAAUUGCUGAGGUCCGAGCAAGAAUGCAGCAACAGCUAGACGAGUAUGAGCAACUGCUGGAUGUGAAACUGGCUCUGGACAUGGAGAUUAACGCUUACAGGAAACUGCUGGAGGGAGAGGAGGAGAGGUUGAAGCUGUCUCCCAGUCCUUCGUCUCGUGUGACGGUGUCUCGCGCGUCCUCCAGUCACAGCGUUCGCACCACGCGUGGGAAGAGGAAACGUGUGGAUGUGGAGGAAUCCGAGGCGAGCAGCAGUAUCAGUAUCGCUCACUCAGCAGCCGCAACUGGAAACGUCUGUAUCGAUGAACUUGACGUGGAUGGAAAAUUCAUCCGCUUGUACAACAACUCUGAACAGGAUCAGCUGAUGGCUGGAUUUCACCUCAUCAGAACUGUCGCUGAUGUUUCUGCUACAUAUAAGUUCACAGCCAAAUACGUCCUGAAAGCUGGACAUAAAGUUACGAUCUGGGCGUGUAAUGCGGGUGUGAGCUCCAGUCCUCCCACUGAUCUGAUCUGGAAGAACCAGAACUUGUGGGGAACCGGAGAGGACAUUAAAGUAAUUCUCAUGAGUCCAGAUGGAGAGGAAGUGGCCGUGAGGAGUACAGUGUUUAAGACUGCAGUGGAGGAGGAAGAUGAACGGGAAGCUGAAGUCAUUAAGGAGCAUCUCUUUCACCAGCAGGGUGAUCCCCAUGCUGCUAAGAGAGGAUGUUCUGUCAUGUGAUCCACACUACAGCCAAUCAGAGCUGCCGCUCAACUCCCUGUUUUUCUGAACUGUUUUCUGAGUGAAGAUCUUUUCUGUUUGUCCUUUAUUUUUAGCUUUUCAUUUGAAUUUAUUGUAUCAAUUUAAAAUUGAAUGAACCAAAUAUUUUUUUCUUUUCCUGUAUAAAUAAGUUCUCUGAGAGUGAACCCCUUUUAUAGACUCAUUCACGUCAGGUUUUGUGACUAACUUUUUUUUUAAUAUCAUGUUUCUAUUUUAUAAGACAUUUUUAGGUCUCUUUUAUAGACCAGUUUUUAUAGUUGGCUAAUGGUUUUUAGUGAAAAUUACUGUUGCUUGGUAGUUUGGAAAUAUUAGUGUGAUUUUUAUUUAAAGAAGCUGUUUGUAAAUAAUUACAUGAUCACAGACUGAACCCAAAACAUCUCUUCAGCAGUACAUGGUGACAGACGGUCCGAGACCUUACAAACGAACAUUUACAAUAUAUGGGACGUGAUUGUCUCGGUCACAUGUGUUAGGAAAUAUUGCCAAUUGUUUGAAGAAGUUACUUUAUUGUUAAACCUAAUGUUGUGUUUUUUCAGGUGUAAUAUUGUGGAAUGUAAACACCAGCCAAAUCUCAAACCGAUGUCAUUAAUACUAAAGAGACGUUUUUGGUCCAAAACGUGUUUCUUUUCACUGUUGUGAAUGUCUCCUCCACAGACUUGCACAAGUGCAUUGUUCAAGCCAUUGAAUAUGCCAGUGGGCAUUGAAAACACUGCCAGCCAUUAUGAUCCUUUAGCUCAGAUGGUUUUGAGCCAUCGCAGAAAGCUAAUAAACCUCAUCGAGAGUCAGUACUGUAUCUUUUUUUUGUUAUUGUAGCGCUUGUUUUUUUUUAAUAUAUAUAUGAUAUGGCCUAACAUGUCAGUGGAUUGCUGAAAUGUCACUGUUUUUGUCUGUACUGUCUAACAAACACUAGCCUUAUGCAUACGUUUGAUUAUAAAUGAACCUCUGAUUUUAAGAAUUGUGGAUUGUCACUCGCAUGCUGAUUAUUUUGCUGCAACAGUUUAUAUUUGCAAUGAUCAAAUAAAGGAUUGAUUUA